AUGACCACGGGCUGGGCUGCUUUUGAGUCGACUCAAAAGGGGGGAUUUGGAGCCACGGGCUGGGCUGCUUUUGAGUCGACUCAAAAGGGGGGAUUUGGAGCCACGGGCUGGGCUGCUUUUGAGUCGACUCAAAAGGGGGGAUUUGGAGCCACGGGCUGGGCUGCUUUUGAGUCGACUCAAAAGGGGGGAUUUGGAGCCACGGGCUGGGCUGCUUUUGAGUCGACUCAAAAGGGGGGAUUUGGAGCCACGGGCUGGGCUGCUUUUGAGUCGACUCAAAAGGGGGGAUUUGGAGCCACGGGCUGGGCUGCUUUUGAGUCGACUCAAAAGGGGGGAUUUGGAGCCACGGGCUGGGCUGCUUUUGAGUCGACUCAAAAGGGGGGAUUUGGAGCCACGGGCUGGGCUGCUUUUGAGUCGACUCAAAAGGGGGGAUUUGGAGCCACGGGCUGGGCUGCUUUUGAGUCGACUCAAAAGGGGGGAUUUGGAGCCACGGGCUGGGCUGCUUUUGAGUCGACUCAAAAGGGGGGAUUUGGAGCCACGGGCUGGGCUGCUUUUGAGUCGACUCAAAAGGGGGGAUUUGGAGCCACGGGCUGGGCUGCUUUUGAGUCGACUCAAAAGGGGGGAUUUGGAGCCACGGGCUGGGCUGCUUUUGAGUCGACUCAAAAGGGGGGAUUUGGAGCCACGGGCUGGGCUGCUUUUGAGUCGACUCAAAAGGGGGGAUUUGGAGCCACGGGCUGGGCUGCUUUUGAGUCGACUCAAAAGGGGGGAUUUGGAGCCACGGGCUGGGCUGCUUUUGAGUCGACUCAAAAGGGGGGAUUUGGAGCCACGGGCUGGGCUGCUUUUGAGUCGACUCAAAAGGGGGGAUUUGGAGCCACGGGCUGGGCUGCUUUUGAGUCGACUCAAAAGGGGGGAUUUGGAGCCACGGGCUGGGCUGCUUUUGAGUCGACUCAAAAGGGGGGAUUUGGAGCCACGGGCUGGGCUGCUUUUGAGUCGACUCAAAAGGGGGGAUUUGGAGCCACGGGCUGGGCUGCUUUUGAGUCGACUCAAAAGGGGGGAUUUGGAGCCACGGGCUGGGCUGAAUGCCAUGCAUGGCAAGAUUGGCACGCUCCAUGCAAAGCAGGACAGAGAGACGGAGAGAGAGCUGAGAGCACGAGAGGCGGAGAGAGGUGA